AUGCCCGUGGCCGAGGCCCCCCAAGCGGCUGGCGGGCAGGGCGAUGGAGGUGAUGGCGAAGAGGCAGAGCCAGAGGGGAUGUUUAAGACCCCUGAGGACUCCAAGAGAAAAGUCCACAACUACCUCCGCCUGGCUCCCCUGUGGCUGGCCCUGGUUGUGUUGGCUUCAGUGGGGGUCCUGCUCUGGUAUUUCCUAGGGUACAAGGCGGAGGUGACGGUCAGCCAGGUGUACUCAGGCAGCCUCCGCGUGCUCAACCGCCACUUCUCCCACGACCUUGCCCGCCGGGAGUCCAGCGCCUUCCGCAGUGAGACCACCAAAGCUCAAAUGAUGCUCAAGGAGCUCAUUGCCAGCACCUGCCUGGGUACUUACUACAACUCCAGCUCCGUCUACUCCUUUGGGGAGGGACCGCUCACCUGUUUCUUCUGGUUCAUCCUCCAAAUCCCCGAGCACCGCCGGCCGAUGCUGAGCCCUGAGGUGGUGCGGGCCCUGCUGGUGGAGGAGCUGCUGUCCACGGCCAACAGCUCGGCCCCUGCUCCCUACCGGGCCGAGUAUGAGGUGGACCCCGAGGGCCUGGUGAUCCUGGAAGCCAGUGUGAAAGACAUAGUUGCACUGAAUUCCACGCUGGGCUGCUACCGCUACAGCUACGUGGGCCAGGGCCAGGUCCUCCAGCUGAAGGGGCCCGACCCCCUGGCCUCCAGCUGCCUGUGGCACCUGCAGGGCCCCGAGGAUCUCAUGCUCAAACUCCGGCUCGAGUGGAUGCUGGCUGACUGCCGGGACCGGCUGGCCAUGUAUGAUGUGGCUGGGCCCCUCGAGAGGAGGCUCAUCACCUCGGUCUAUGGCUGCAGUCGCCAGGAGCCCGUGGUGGAGGUCCUGGCAUCGGGUGCCAUCAUGGCGGUGGUCUGGAAGAAGGGCCUGCACAGCUACUAUGACCCCUUCGUGCUCUCCGUGCAGCCCGUGGCCUUCCAGGCCUGUGAGGUGAAUCUGACCCUGGAAGGCCGGCUGGAGCUGCAGGGCGUCCUCAGCACGCCAUACUUCCCCAGCUACUACUCACCCAGCACCCACUGCUCCUGGCACCUCACGGUGCCCUCCCUGGACUACGGCUUGGCCCUCUGGUUUGACGCUUACACUUUGCGGAGGCAGAAAUACGACCUGCCGUGCACCCAGGGCCAGUGGACCAUCCAGAACCGGAGGCUGUGUGGCCUGCGCACCCUGCAGCCCUACGCCGAGAGGAUCCCUGUGGCGGCCACCGCCGGCAUCACCAUCAACUUCACGUCCCAGAUCUCCCUCACCGGGCCCGGCGUGCAGGUGCACUACAGCUUGUACAACCAGUCAGAUCCCUGCCCUGGAGAGUUCCUCUGCUCUGUGAAUGGACUCUGUGUGCCCGCCUGCGACGGGGUCAAAGACUGCCCCAACGGCCUGGAUGAGAGAAACUGUGUUUGCAGAGCCACAUUCCAGUGCCAAGAGGACAGCACGUGCAUCUCACUGUCCAGGGUCUGUGACCGGCAGCCUGACUGUCUCAAUGGGAGUGAUGAGGAGCAGUGCCAGGAAGGGGUGCCUUGCGGGACCUUCACUUUCCAGUGUGAGGACGGCAGUUGUGUGAAGAAGCCCAACCCACAGUGCGACGGGCUCCCCGACUGCGAGGACGGCUCCGACGAGCUGUACUGCGACUGUGGCCUCCAGGGCCCCUCGGGCCGCAUCGUGGGCGGGGCCGAGUCCUCGGAGGGUGAGUGGCCCUGGCAGGCCAGCCUCCAGGUUCGGGGCCGACACAUCUGUGGGGGUGCCCUCAUCGCUGACCGCUGGGUGAUCACAGCUGCCCACUGCUUCCAGGAGGACAGCAUGGCGUCCCCGGCGCUGUGGACCGUGUUCCUGGGCAAAGUGUGGCAGAGCUCUCGCUGGCCGGGUGAGGUGUCCUUCAAGGUGAGCCGUCUCCUCCUGCACCCCUACCAUGAGGAGGACAGCCACGAUUAUGACGUGGCCCUGCUGCAGCUCGACCACCCCGUGGUGCGCUCGGCCUCCGUGCACCCCGUCUGCCUGCCCGCGCGCUCCCACUUCUUCGAACCAGGCCUGCACUGCUGGAUCACGGGCUGGGGUGCCCUGCGCGAGGGUGGAUGGGGAAACGGAGGCUCAGAGACAUUUAGCUGCCCCACCAGCAACGGUCUGCAGAAGGUGGACGUGCAGCUGAUCCCGCAGGACUUGUGCAGCGAGGCCUACCGCUACCAGGUGACCCCCCGCAUGCUGUGUGCCGGCUACCGCAGGGGCAAGAAGGAUGCCUGCCAGGGUGACUCGGGCGGCCCGCUGGUGUGCAAAGAGCCCAGUGGCCGCUGGUUCCUGGCGGGGCUGGUCAGCUGGGGUCUGGGCUGUGGCCGGCCCAACUAUUUUGGCGUCUACACCCGCAUCACAGGUGUCAUUGGCUGGAUCCAGCAGGUGCUGGCCUGAGGAGCUGCCCGCGCGGGGCAAGGCCCCACCUCUUGGACUCAGAGAGCCCAGGGCACCCACCAGACAGGGGAGCAAGUAUUCCGCAGGUGGCGGGGCUCCGUGGGGACAGGAGGGGGAGUCUCUCCUCUCCCGCAACCUGUUGCCUGACAUCUGCCCCAGUGAGGACACGAGGAGGGAGAAGGGCCAUCAGCUGGUGGUCAAGACUCCCCCUGAGGGCCUGGGACGGUCACCAGGCCCAGCUGGGGGGGUUCGCAUCCAGCCUGUCCCCUCCUGAUUCUCUCUUCUCCUUCCCCUUCCUCCGCUGCUGACUUUGGUGGGGAAGAGUUGAGCGGCAGUCACGUGGCUGCCGGGCCCCCUGCCUGCCCCCGCCCCAGCGC